AUGUCGCAUGUCGGGGAUCCAGCUGCAACUGGAAUGCGCAUCUAUAUGACCUGUCUGAUUGGAAAGGAUCCUUCUUACGAGAUCAUCAUCGCCCCCAACUUCUACCGAAAGUCGGACGGAAACUCAGAACCUGUGCGGAAGCGCAAUCGAUCACUCACGCAGCGACUUGGGUUUCGGAUAACCAGAGAUCUGCUUUGCUCCCAUAGGUUCAGUGACACCUUCAACAUUGACACCAAGAGGCCCAAAAUCAUAGCUGGCUCCAAGGAAGCCUAUUUUGGCUACACUGUGCAGCAGCAUGACAUUGGGGGCAAGAAAUGGUUGGUGGUGGGAGCUCCCUAUGAAACCAAUGGCCAGCAGAAGACAGGGGAUGUCUACAAGUGCCCAGUGACCAGUGACAGCCACAGCAACUGCACCAAACUCAACCUAGGACGGGUGACGCUCUCCAACGUCUCGGAGAGGAAGGACAACAUGCGCCUGGGCCUCAGCCUGGCCACCAACCCCAGGGACAACAGCUUUCUGGCCUGCAGCCCACUCUGGUCCCACGAGUGUGGAAGCUCCUACUACACCACGGGCAUGUGCUCCCGAGUCAACUCCAACUUCAGAUUCUCCAAGACAGUGGCUCCAGCUCUGCAGAGGUGCCAGACCUACAUGGACAUCAUCAUAGUCCUGGAUGGAUCCAACAGCAUAUACCCUUGGGUUGAAGUUCAACACUUCCUGAUAAACAUCUUGAAAAAGUUUUAUAUUGGCCCUGGACAGAUACAAGUUGGAGUCGUCCAGUAUGGAGAAGAUGUUGUCCAUGAGUUUCACUUGAAUGACUACAGGUCUGUAAAAGAUGUGGUAGCAGCUGCCAGUCACAUCGAGCAAAGAGGAGGCACAGAAACCAGGACUGCCUACGGGAUAGAGUUCGCUCGCUCGGAAGCGUUUCAGAAAGGUGGCCGGAAAGGGGCAAAGAGAGUAAUGAUUGUAAUCACAGAUGGAGAGUCGCACGACAGCCCUGACCUGGAGAGGGUGAUUGAGGACAGCGAGAGGGACAACGUCACCAGAUACGCUGUGGCUGUGCUGGGUUAUUACAACAGAAGAGGCAUCAACCCUGAAGCCUUUCUGAACGAGAUCAAAUUCAUAGCGAGCGACCCCGAUGACAAGCACUUCUUUAAUGUCACAGAUGAAGCAGCCCUCAAAGACAUUGUGGAUGCACUUGGAGAGAGGAUAUUCAGCUUGGAAGGAACCAACAAGAAUGAAAUCUCCUUUGGCUUGGAAAUGUCCCAGACUGGAUUUUCAUCACAUGUUGUGGAAGAUGGGAUCUUACUGGGGGCAGUGGGUGCCUAUGAUUGGAAUGGAGCUGUCCUGAAGGAAACCAGCAGUGGGAAAGUAAUUCCCCUGAGGGAAUCUUAUCUCCAGGAGUUCCCUGAAGAGCUGAAAAAUCAUGGAGCAUAUUUAGGUUACACUGUCUCCUCCGUCAUCUCCACCCAGCACCAGCGCAUUUACGUGGCAGGGGCACCCAGGUUCAACCACACAGGGAAGGUCAUCCUCUUCAGCAUGCACAGCAACCGCAACCUCACCAUCCACCAGGCGCUGAAGGGAGAGCAGAUUGGCUCCUACUAUGGCAGUGAGAUCAACUCCCUGGACGUCAACGGCGACGGCGUCACCGACGUCUUGCUGGUGGGAGCCCCCAUGUUCUUCAGCGAGGGCAGGGAGAGGGGCAAGGUCUAUGUCUACACCCUGCAAGAGAACCACUUCAUUUCCAGUGGUGCCCUGGUUGAUCUGCAGAGCUACCAGAACUCUCGCUUCGGCUCCUGCAUUGCUGCCGUGCCCGACCUCAACCAGGACUCCUACAACGACCUUGUGGUGGGGGCACCUUUGGAGGAUGAGCACCAAGGAGCAAUAUACAUCUUCCUUGGCUUCAGAGAGACCAUUCUGAAGAAGUACAAGCAGCGGAUAGCAGCUGCUGACCUCGCGCCAGGCUUGAUGUAUUUUGGAUGCAGCAUCCAUGGACAGCUGGACCUGAACGAGGAUGGGCUCGUGGACUUGGCUGUUGGCUCUCUGGGCAACGCUGUCUUGCUGUGGUCCCGCAGCGUGCUCCAGAUCAACGCCAGCAUGCGCUUCCAGCCCUCCAAAAUCAACAUCUUCACCAAGGACUGCAAGAGGAAUGGGAAGGAUGCCACCUGCAUGUCAGCCUUCAUCUGCUUCACUGCCAUCUUCCUCUCAUCCCACUUCCAGACAGCCACUGUGGGGCUGCGGUACACCACCACCAUCGACGAGCGCAGGUACACCUCACGGGCUCACCUGGACGAGACUGGAGAGAGGCACACGCAGAAGAGGCUGCUGCUACUGGCUGGGCAGGAGCACUGUGACAAGCUCCACUUCCAUGUCUUGGACACAGCUGAUUAUGUGAAGCCAGUGACAUUCUCCAUCAGCUAUGAUCUGGAGCACCCUGAGAAGGGUCCCAUGCUGGAUGAUGGCUGGCCCACCUCGCUCAAGGUCUCGGUCCCUUUCUGGAAUGGGUGCAAUGAAGAUGAGCACUGCGUCCCUGAUCUGGUCCUGGAUGCCAGGAGUGAUGUGCCCAGUGCCAUGGACUAUUGCUGGCGGAGCCUGCGGCGGGCACCGCCGGACUGCGCAGCCUUCAGCCUCUCCUUCGACACCUCCGUCUUCAUCGUCGAGAGCAGCAGGAGGAGGGUGGCUGUGGAGGCAGUGCUGGAGAACCGCGGUGAAAACGCCUACAGCACGGUCCUCAACAUCUCCUUCUCCAGGAACCUCCAGUUUGCCAGCUUGAUCCCCAAGGAUGACACAGACAUCAACAUUGACUGCAUGACUGAAGACAAGAACCCCAACAAGAAAGUGUGCAACGUGAGCUACCCCUUCUUCCGAGCUAAGGCCAAGGUAGCUUUUCGCCUGGACUUUGAAUUCAGCAAGUUGAUUUUCCUUCAGAGCAUGGAGAUCUACCUGAUAGCAAACAGUGACAGUGAGGAGAAGGAGACCACCAAGGAGGACAACUUUGCUCACCUAAAUUAUCAACUGAAGUAUGAAGCUGACCUCCUCUUCACCAGGGUUUCCAGCCUGGACUACUAUGAGAUCAGGUCCAACAGCUCCCUGGAGAGAUAUGACAGCAUUGGUCCCCCCUUUCAUUGCACCUUCAAGCUGCAGAACCUUGGCUUCUUCCCUGUGGAGGAGGUGAGCAUCAAACUCACCAUGCCCGUGGCCACCCGGGCAGGCAACCGCCUCCUGCUCCUGACUGAAUUUGUGGUGGACCAGGAGAACACAACCUGCAACAUCUGGGGGAACACCACUGACUACCGGAGGACACCUGCUGAGGAGGACCUCUCUCGCACCCCCCACCUGAACCACAGCAACUCGGACGUGGUGUCCAUCAACUGCAAUGUGAAGCUAGCCCCCAACGAGGAGAUGAACUUGCACUUGCGUGGCCAUCUCUGGAUGAAGUCUCUGAAAGCACUGAAGUUCAAGUCACUGAAGCUCACCACAAAUGCUGCUCUCCAGCGACAUUUUGGGAGCCCCUUCAUCUUCCGCGAGGAGGACCCCAGCCGUCAGAUAACAUUUGAAAUCUCCAAGCCAGAGGAAUCGCAGAUCCCCAUCUGGAUCAUCCUGGGUAGCACCUUAGGAGGUCUCCUGCUCCUGGCCCUGCUUGUCCUUGCACUCUGGAAGCUUGGAUUUUUUAAAAGCGGGAGCCGCAGGCGAGCAGCCGAACAGGAGCGAAGUGCCCAUGGGCUGGAGUGA